CUUCAAAGUUGCGUCACCUGAGACACUUCCGGUUUGGUUCUCUGCCGACACAACCCGUGACAGGUUUAAUUUACCAGCAGCUAAACUGCUGGAGUGAACCUGUCGUUAUUCAUGGGGCCAGACGACCCCCCAGAUGAAUCUAAACAUGUCUUUUCGGAAAUAACUCUUUAGUGACAGCUGCUGUACAAGACGAACCAUGUGGAGAGUUCAAGGUUUUGUUGGAAGAGUUCUGCAUCGAUGCCAUGGCAACACCCCCCUGCGACUGCCCCAGAACCACCAUGUGGAGGACGAGGUCGUCAACAGCUCAACUGUCCUCUCCACCUCUCGACACUCCUCUGACAGCAGCUCUCAGAAAGAGGAGAAUGGAGAGAGGAGGAAGAAACAGAGGACCUUUCAGUUUGGCUACGCUGAGCUUCCACGUUACACAGCCCUGGAUGCUGUGGGAUGGGGUGCUGCUACAGUUCUGUUCAUGCAGAUCUGCAGGAGGAUCCACUCCCGGCUCUCUUCAGGCACUGAGCCGAGUCCAAUCCCUGGAGCCCUGACAGCACCAUCUACCCUGCACAAGUGUGGCUACCACAUCCUGCUGGAGAUCUUGUCUAAACGUGAUGUCCUGCCCAGAAGAAGGAGUGUGUUGUGUCUGCAGGAGGUGCCACAGAGGCAGAACCAAGAUCAGUCCCCGGCUCAGACCAGCAGCAGCAGCAGCAGCAGCAGCAGUACAGGUGACGCCAGUCUUCACAGCAGCAGUGAGGAGGAUCAUCUGACUGCUGGCUGCUCCAUCUCUGAUCAACAGAGAGCACUCCUGAACCAGGAUUCUCCUAUACCCGAGGAAUCAUUUCUGUUAGCAUCCUGUCCUCUGCAGAAUGAUGUCAACCAAGACAACACAGGGACAAAAGAUGCUAAUGACAAGGACAUGUCUGAUGAGGAGAGGCUGACAGAAGCAGCAAUGAACCUCAGACAUGUGGGAGAUACAAGCAUUCCUGUUAUCCUCAAUAUCAUUGGUCUAGAAAGUGUAGAGAGUGAGAACAACAAAGAAGCUUUUACAUGUUUUGUAGCUGCUGCUCAGCAAGGUUACACCAAAGCCCAGUUUAACACAGGUGUGUGCUACGAGAAAGGCAAAGGAGUCAGCAAGGACAAAGAGAAGGCUCUGUAUUACUACCGGCAGGCAGCAGUUGGGGGUCACAGACAGGCUCAGUACCGCUAUGCAAAGCUGCUCCUGACCAGCAGGGGGCACCAGAGUUUAGAGGAGCUGGACACAGCCAUCAACUUACUGGAACAGGCUGCUGCAGCUGGACUCACCAAGGCUCAGAUCUGCCUGGCCUCGGUCUACUCUCAGGAGCCGGUGAGAGACGGGAGCAAGUCUGUCCAGUACCUGAAGAUGGCAGCAGCGAGCGGAGACGACACAGCCCUGCUGUUCCUGGGUCAGUGUUUUGAGAGCGGCUUUGGGGUGCAGCAGAAUCUAAGGAGAGCGAAUGAAUACUACAGACGAGCCGCUCAAGCAGGCAACAAGCAGGCUAAAAGCUUACUGACGACUCCUAAUGACAGAGACAGUAAGGCAGAAGAUGCAGCGUUGCGCUCCAUCCGUUCAGCUCCAUGUUUCCCUGUAGCCGACCGUCGGCUCCAGCCGCCACUCUCCUCUCUGGCCAGUUGUGUCCCUGCCUCCACCUGUCACCCCAUCACCCUUCCCCUCCUGCAUCACUCCUGGAGCACUGGGAGCCUGUGUGUCCCCCCGGCGCUGUCCUCCACGCCUUUUCACCUCCAUCCCCACAGCACUGAGGGAGGAAUCUGCCAGUGGACUGUCGGGAUAGGAUAGUUAUCUUGAGCCAGCACAGGUCAAACUGAGGAAUGUAUUUCAUAGUGUGAAUGUAUUUUCACCAGAGGAGGAAGGUCAAAGUGUAUUGGAUGUGUACAUAUUGUGAAGUCUGGAUUAGAGUGAAUAGAUUUUAUACUUGGUCAAAUAUGUGAGUGUAGACGUAUUAUUAUGUUGAAGAUUUGUUAUAAGUCUGAACAAGUUGUUGGAUACAAGCUCUUACAAUUUUAUGUGUGGAAUGAGAUAUGGAAGCUUUUCUAUUAUUUGUUUCUAUAUAGACAGUUUUCUGUCAUACAAGUUCUCCUGUGGGUAAGAAAAUGUGCUCUAGGUGCCUUCGGGUUGGUUGAGAAUCUCAGGUGGUGACUUGUUUCUCUCCCUACUAAUGUGGGAUUGAUGACAUAAAGAAGUGUAUUAUAAUUUUGUCUCCUACAAACUGUAUUGCUGACUUUACACCUCUGAAAAUGACAAAGUGCUUUACAUUAGUGUCAUAUUUUAACCUUCAAUUAUACAGUUUCUAAAUAUGUGAAAUGGUUCAGUGCUCUCUAUCAUUGUAAAAAAACAACUUCAGAGUAGAAAAAGGUAAAUCACUACAUGUUUUGUGAUAGUCGAACCUGUUAACUAUACACAUGCCAAAGUCAAUUGUGAUGCACUAUGAGAAGGAUGUUCUACUGUUAUACGCACAUACUAAGUAAAAUAUUUUUUUAAAUCCUUAAAAGCUAUUUUAUGACCGUCUGGUUUGUAAGUACCAUUAAAAUUCACUUAUGAGCAAAAACAGUA